UUUAUAUACUUUUACAUAAUUUGUUAAUCAUAUCACCAAUAAACUAGAUCAAAAUGAGCCAAAUUGCUCCAAAGUGGUACAACACCGAAGACGUUCCAGUCCCAAAACAAACUAGAAAGACUUCUCGUCCACAAAAAUUACGUGCCUCUUUAGUUCCAGGUACCGUUUUAAUUUUAUUAGCUGGUAGAUUCAGAGGUAAAAGAGUUGUUUACUUAAAGAACUUAGAAGAUAACACUUUAUUAGUUUCUGGUCCAUUCAAAGUCAAUGGUGUCCCAUUAAGAAGAGUUAACGCCAGAUACGUUAUCGCCACCUCUACCAAGGUUGGUGUUGAAGGUGUUGAUGUCUCUAAAUUCAAUGUUGAAUAUUUCGCUAGAGAAAAAACUCCAAGAUCUAAAAAAUCUGAAGCUGAUUUAUUUAAUGAAGCUCAACCAAAGAAAGAAAUUAAAGCUGAAAGAAUUGAAGAUCAAAAAUUAGUUGAUGCUGCUUUAUUAUCUGAAAUUAAGAAAACUCCAUUAUUAAAACAAUAUUUAGCUGCUUCUUUCUCAUUAAAGAACGGUGAUCGUCCUCAUUUAUUAAAAUUUUAAAUUAAUCAAAAGAUAAUAAUAACUACUUAGUUUAAAGUUUUUAAUUAAAUAAAUCCCCCCAUCCCCCCUCCAAACUUCAAAUACAAAUCCAUAUAUAUAUAUAUCGCUCAUAAAAGGAUAUUUUUGUUAAUGUUUCUUUGAAAUAAAGUCCAUUUUGUUAAUAUUAUUUAAUGGCGGUGUAAUCAUCUUUUUCUCUUUGUAUAUUUAAUACAUUUCAAACGAUAAUAUAAC